AUGAGCGAACAAAAACAAGAGCGUCCGAGCUCGAGGGGCUCCGGCUCACAGGAAUAUGAAAGUUACAAAGCUCCACCCAUCGGGUGUUGCGUUGAUUGUGGUUGUGGCCGAAGCGCUUGUGAUGAAAACUGUGUUCGUACGCUUGCUCUGCUGAAAUGUCGCUCUACGUGUGACGAGCUUAAGCAACAGCGAACCCCUGUGAAAACGUCGGACAACGCUACGGACGAUUGCUGUGCUCCAGGUCGAACCAAUGUUGGCACUUGUGGGACGAAGAUAUUCGAGCUAAAUUGCCUGGAGAAGCAACCUGUCGGCACUGAUAUCGAAUCAUUUGCUGCUGAUGCCGUUAUUCAGAAUCACGGCUGUACCAGCCAACCGCAACAUGGGAUACCGACAAAUCCCGACAAAAAAGGAAAGGGCGGAUGCUGCACAAAGAAGGGCUCAGGGGAUAAUUGCAGUUCUCAAAUCUCAGAGCCCUGUUGUUCCGGUAAACAGAGCACUGAAAACGCUGAACAGGAUGUUGGUACCUCUCGGGCACAGGGAGCAUACUAUGUCGAAAAACAGGAUGAAAGUUUCGCCUGCCAGCAAGGCGGCUGCUGUACUGGGAAAGGAGACUCUUCAGCAGAGAAACAAGGCAAUGGUAGUACCGAACAAAAGCUUGACUGCUGUGCCACUGAUAAUUCGGGGGGGACCUCACCAUUAAUUCCUGAGACAGAAAGCCAAAGCAAGGCAAGAGAAGCAUGCACAGACCAUCUUCAACAGGCAAUGAAUGAGUAUCUCAGUCUGAUUCAGAAAGGAAUAUGCAUUUGCUGCAGUAUUUUGGAUGGCCUUGAUACAUGCUGCGGACGGCCUCUUCCGAAUAAAAAGAUCUCGGAUAACACAGCUAUUGCCCUUGAAAAGUCUAGUCCGCCUGCAAUUGGCCAACAGUCUUCUAGUAGUCUUAUUGUCCAAAAGUGUGAGAAGUCCUGCUGUGGGCAACGAACUACUCCAGACGAUAUUCAAGAUGCCGAGGCCUUAUCUUGUUGCCCUUCCGACGACCUCGGGGCUAGGUCUUCGGGUUCUGGUGUUCAAACUACAGAAGCUGGCAUUGCAAAUAUCACCGCUCGUCAACAUAUUAUUCUUGGUGUCGCAGGAAUGACAUGCACAGGUUGUACCCGAAAAGUCACAAACAUUCUUAAUGGCAUUAACGGCGUAUCUUCCGUCAACGUUACUUUUGUAACUGGAGUGGCAGAAUUUGACCUUGAUAUGGCCGUGUCGAGCCUUCAGCAACUAAUACCACGGAUUGAGAAAGAAACUGGAUUCAAAUUCUCACAGAUAGUGAGUGAUCAUCAAACUCUGGACCUGCGAGUUGACCCAGCAGUUGCAAAGGCUGCAUUCGAGCAGCUCAGAAGUGCUGCGGUUGAAUCCGUCGAGCAGAUUAACAAAUCUACCUACCGCGUCAACUACGAUCCGGCCGUCAUUGGGGCCAGAACACUACUCUCUUCAAUCAAGGGCGCAAGUCUAGCUCCACCUAGAAACGAUGCAAAAUUGGUCAAUGGCAGACGGAGACUUAUUCGUAUGGCCUGGAUUACUGGAACCGCUAUGGUGUUGACUAUACCAAUUCUUGUCUUGAAUUGGUCGAAUAAUCCAGUGCCAUAUUCUAAGCGAUCGAUUGUGUCUCUGGUUCUCGCAACCUUCGUCCAAGCACUUGCAAUUCCUGAGUUCUACGUUGGUGCUAUUAAAUCGCUUAUUUACAGCCGAGUCAUUGAAAUGGAUAUGCUAGUCGUCAUCAGUAUCAGUGCUGCAUAUGCCUACUCAGUGGUGGCAUUCGCAUUAACCCAUGCCGGUUAUGUUUUGGAAACUGGCGAGUUUUUCGAAACGAGUUCUCUGCUCAUCACUCUUGUUCUCCUCGGUAGACUCAUAGCUGCGAUUGCUAAAGUGAGGGCAAUCUCCGCUGUUUCACUGCGCUCACUUCAGGCUGAGAAAGCAUUGCUUGUUGUGCCUUCUUCGGGUACGCUCGAAAUUGACGCGCGUUUGUUGCAACUUGGUGAUUCUUUCAUUGUACCUGCUCACAGCCGCAUUGUGACCGACGGCAUGGUGACCGAUGGCAAAAGCUCUGUUGAUGAGUCUAUGAUCACGGGUGAAAACGUGCCUGUACCUAAGGCUAUAGGAGAUGAGGUUAUCGCAGGAACAAUCAAUUGUUCUAGCCCUCUUACUAUCAGCAUGACUCGUCUUCCUGGCAAAAAUAGCAUCACCGAUAUAGCGAACCUGGUUGAGAACGCAUUGGCAGCAAAACCUCGCAUCCAAGAUCUAGCUGAUACAGUGGCCGGUUACUUCAUACCAGUUGUCGUUUGUAUCGCGCUAAUUGUUUUCGGCAUUUGGAUGGCGGUGGCUCUAAAGGUCCGUGGAGAAAGCGGAGGUGGUGCUGUAGGAGUGGCAAUUACUUAUUGUAUCGCCGUUUUAGCAGUAUCUUGCCCCUGCGCGUUAGGACUUGCUGUUCCAAUGGUCCUUGUCAUUGCAGGGGGCGUAGCUGCGCGCUCUGGAGUUAUAAUUAAACAGGCCGAUGUCAUCGAGAGAGGGCAUAAGGUUACUGAUGUCGUUUUCGACAAGACUGGCACAAUAACCAAAGGGGACCUUAUUGUUGUCCACGAGCAGUUAUUUCCACAUGUUCACGCUUCGGACGUCCUUUCGAUUGCUAAAUCGGUGACGAAGGAAAACCAACACCCUGUGUCCAUAGCAGUUGCGGCACACCUGAAACUAAAUUCCAGUGGGUUCGCAAGGCUUGAAAAAGUGGAAUCGAUUCCUGGAGCGGGUAUCCAAUGCGAAUGGCAAGGGUUGAUUAUUAAGGCUGGGAAUCCUUACUGGCUGAAUAUAGAAGAACAACCAGAGAUCUCGGCACUCAUUGAACAAGGGAUGUCACUCUUCUGUAUCAUAAUCAACUCCACUCUUGUGGCUGCCUUUGGACUAAAGGCCAAUAUUCGGGAAGAAGCCAAGCAAGUUAUUGCAGACCUUCAACGAAGCAACAUCAGAUGUCACAUUGUCAGCGGUGACGGACCUAAAGUUGUUGAAGACGUUGCCACAACCGUUGGUAUUCCUCUUUCAAAUACCGCAUCAAGACAUUCACCGGCUCAAAAGCAACAUUAUGUUAAGGAAUUGAUGCUAUCAGGCCGUACGGUGCUCUUUUGCGGGGACGGAACCAACGAUGCUGUUGCCGUGGCUCAGGCGAAUGUGGGUGUCCAAAUUGGAACUACCUCAGAUAUCACAAGAGCCACUGCAGAUGUCGUCUUGCUAGGUGGCUUGGAUGGUCUAAUGAUUUUGCUUGAUAUCUCGAAACGAUCAUCUCGCCGAAUCAUCUUCAAUUUUAUCUGGUCUGCAGUUUAUAAUGUGUUCGCGAUCUUGCUGGCGGGAGGAGCGUUUGUUAAAGCACGAAUUCCACCAGCAUACGCAGGUCUGGGCGAAGUCGUGAGUGUGGUUCCAGUCAUUGUCGCGGCACUUACGCUAUCUAGAACCAAGCGAACGAACUAG